AUGACUUCAAACAUACAGGUGAUUGUGCAGCAGCUGCAAGCAACUCUUGAUCCAAAAGAGCAUAAACAAGCUGAGGCAGCUCUUAAAGCUGAAGAGACCAAGCCUGGAUUUUCACCCUUGCUUCUAAAUAUCAUUGCUUCAGAAACUCUCCCAUUAGGCACUCGGUUAUCAGCUGCAUUAUGCUUUAAAAACUUUAUAAAGUACAAAUGGGUGGAUGAUGUAGGAGAUCAUAGGCUUACCGAAGACGAGGUUAAAACUAUCAAGAAAGAAUUAAUUGGUCUGAUGGUUACAGUACCUGGAAGUUUACGAGCUCAACUUGGAGAAGCCAUCAGCUUAAUCGCAGAUUCUGAUUUUUGGACGCGGUGGGAUAAUCUGGUCGAUGAUCUUGUAUCGCGUCUAACCCAAGACAACCCACAAAUUAACGUUGGCGUUCUGGAAGUUGCCCAUUCAAUUUUCAAGCGUUGGAGACCUCUCUUUGCGUCUGAUGGCCUCUAUACUGAAAUAAACCACGUCCUGGAAAAGUUUGGUCAACCCUUCGUUCAGCUACUUGCGAGUACCGAUCAACAAAUCGCUGCAAACAAAGAAAACAAAGAUAUCCUGGAACAGCAUAUGAAAGUUAUGAAUCUCCUAGUAAAGCUAUUUUAUGAUCUUUCGUGCCAGGAUCUUCCUCCGAUAUUUGAAGAUAACCUCGCCGAUAUCACGUCUUUACUACACAAGUAUCUUACAUAUGAAAAUUCUCUUCUCAAAAAAGAUGACGACCUCGAGGCGGGUCCCCUUGAAUACGUCAAAGCUGGAACAUGUGAGGUUAUGACUUUGUACAUGCAAAAAUAUGAGGAUGCCUUUGGAACUUUAUGUCAACCUUUUAUCACCAGCAUGUGGGCUCUUUUGACAACGACAGGUUCUGAAAUAAAGUUUGAUAUCCUUGUUAGCAAGGCAUUGCAAUUUUUAACUGCAGUCGCAAGUCUGGACGCGCACGCGAGAAAUUUUAAUAAUGAGGAGGUGCUCAGACAGGUGGUAGAAAAGGUUAUCAUACCCAAUGUUAGUUUAAGAGACUCCGAUAUUGAGCAAUUUGAGGAUGAACCCAUCGAAUAUAUCCGAAGAGACUUUGAAGGCUCUGAUGCCGACACAAGACGAAGAGCCGCAACUGAUUUUCUUCAGAAAUUACUAGAAAAGUUUUUGGCACCAGUUACAAGUACUGUUGGGAAAUAUAUUUCUCAUUAUCUUGAUUUAUAUAGAGGUAGCUCUGGUGCUGAGUGGAAGAUCAAAGAUACGGCUCUCUAUCUCUUCACUACUAUUGCUUCGACUAGCGCUACCACAGCCAGCCAUGGUGUUAAAACAACAAAUAGUCUAGUCGACAUCGUAGAUUUUUUCCAAAGUAAUAUCGCAAAUGAUCUCGUAACCGAAACAGGAGUAGAGCCAAUAUUGAAGGUUGAUGCUAUCAAAUUUCUCUACACUUUUAGAAGUCAGCUCACCAAGGCACAAUGGGCUGCAGCGCUUCCUCCUCUGGUCAAAAAUUUGAAAUCUUCCAACUAUGUUGUUUACACAUACACCUCUAUAGCAGUCGAGCGUGUACUAUCAUUGACUAGUAGCGAUGGCAAGUAUUUAUUCGGAGAAGAAGAGAUCACACCAUUUUCCAAAGAUCUAUUGGAGCAUCUAUUUCAACUCAUACAGAAAGAUCUUUCACCGGAAAAGGUUCAGGAAAAUGAGUUCCUCAUGCGAUGCGUGAUGAGGGUAAUGAUAGUAAUCAAAACUGGCAUAACACCUAUUGUGGACAACGUCCUAUCGCAUUUGAAAAAAAUUACUGAAAUUAUAAGUGUAAAUCCAAGUAAUCCAAAAUUUUAUUACUAUCACUUCGAAGCACUAGGCUCAGUGAUUAAAAAUGCCUCACAUUUACAAACAGGAAAAUUAGAGGAAGAGCUAUACGCACCAUUCGCAGCGAUAUUGCACAAUGAUGUACAAGAAUUCACGCCUUACGUAUUUCAAUUGUUUUCGGCUUUAAUCGAGUAUCAUUGGGAUGGUCCAUUACCGGACUACUACAAGUCAUUAGUCACUCCGAUUCUAUCACCAUCUCUAUGGGAAUCUAAAGGAAAUGUCCCAGCCCUAGUUCGAUUGCUCUCUACCCUUAUACCAAAAUGCAUUUCGGAUAUUGUGGCUAAUAAUCAAGUUGAACCUAUUCUUGGGAUCUUUCAAAGUCUCAUCAGGAAGGCUAAGACUGAAUUACUCGCUUACGAUAUUCUUGAAGCAAUAAUCACAUCUUGUGAAGUGUCCGUAAUAGAAAAUUACUUUCCCUCAAUUUUAACAUUACUUUUUGCCCGAAUGAAUUCUCAACCACCUCCAGAGAAGUUUAAGCAAAGAUUUGUUCGAUUUUACCAUUUAGUAUCUUCGCGUGACCAUUUUGGUUUGGGAGCUGACUUCUUUAUCAAACACGCUGAAUCGCUUCAGACUGGCGUCUUCGCUGGAGUUUACCUCACUAUCAUUCUACCCACAACUCAGCAGCUAGUGCGGCCGAUAGACCGUAAACUUGCGGUUAUCUCUCUGACAAAAACUUUAACAGACUCUGAAUCCUUCGCAGUUAAGUAUGCAAAGGCAGGAUGGGGUAAGACAUGCGAUGCUCUAUUGGGAUUAUUAGAAAGUCCACCUCUUCCGACAGUUAGUACUGAUGAGGUAGUUGAAAAUGAUGUCGAAGAUUUGAGUUUUGGCAUUGGAUUCACCCCAAUUAAUACAUGCAAGGAGUUGGCGAAAGACAGAUGGCCCGAAGUAGUGAACGUUAAGUCCUGGGUCGGCUCGUAUGUGAAGGAGGCAGAUAGUCGACACAAUGGGGCCAUUGGGAGAUUCGCCGACCAACGUCUCUCACAGGAUGCAAAAAUUGUUCUAGUAUCCUAUAUGCAGUAA